AUGGCCCAGUACAGGAUGGAAGGCAUGAGCACCCUGAAGGCACGCAGCCCUCGAGAGAUCCCGCGCCAGGUCCUGCACUUCGGAGACAAGCUCGGAGAGGGAGAUUUUGGCACGGUUCACCUUGGCGAAGUGGCAGGACUCACGGACACGAAGGAGAGCAAUGGGCCGUGCAGGCAGGUCGUCCUCGCCGCCCUCAGGCAGGAUGCUUCUCCUGAAGUGCGCGAGGACACGUGGAGAGAGGCGCAGCUGCUGGCGACCUUGUCUGACCCCAACCUGGCCGGCCUGGUGGGCGUGGUCAGCCGGGACGACCCCCUGGUGCUCAUCAUAGAGUUUCUACCCCUGGGCGACCUCAACCAGUACCUCCGGCGACAUGUCCCGGACACUACCACUCCCAGGCUCAACCACAUGCGUCCCAUAAGUUAUGGUUCGCUUAUAUACAUGGCAACACAGGUUGCUUCUGGUAUGAAGUACCUUGAGGCUCACAAUAUCACCCACAGGGAUCUUGCUACCAGUUAUUUACGUGUAUUUUGCUUUACAUCCUUGUUCAUAUAUCCGGCCAACAUUGCAAUAUCUCUUCCCUGGACUGACAUUAAUCCACCUGCUAACUUGAUUUAUCCAAACCCUAACCCUCCAUUGGCUCUCUAG